UGCACAUACCCAGCUCAGCCUCACAAUGCUGCACCGACUGAACCCGGCAGAUUAGCUUGCUGCAGAAAUGUUGCCGCUCCUGUCUGUGACACCACUCUGAUGGGAGAAUGAGACAGUCGGACCAAGACAGCGGCAUCCUCUCAGAGCGACGCUGAACAAAAGGGAAAAGCAGGGAGCUCAGUGUGGCGACCGACCCCCUCCUCCCCCUCUCUUUAUCACACAACCAACUCCUCUUCUUUGCCUGCUUUUGCUUCUUCUUCCCCCCUUUUCUCUCCUGCUCUGCUCUCCCAUGCUGGUGUGCUGAUCAGUCGACAGUGGUGGGCUGCAUGGAGGCUCAGGGUGGGGCAGGGAGCCCAGAGCCCAACAAAGACAUGAAGAAGCUGCUGAAGCCCUCCACCUCAGGUGACCUGUCUCAGGAGUUGUUGGAGGAGGGCGCUCUCUCUGGACACACCGCCAGUCUGCUGCCCAUAGUCGAGAAGAGACAGCCACUGAGCAGCGUGUCCUCUCUGGAAGUGCACUUUGACCUCUUGGAUCUGACCGAGUUGACCGACAUGUCAGACCAGGAGCUGGCUGAAGUUUUUGCUGACUCAGAUGAAGAGAACCACAAUGACUCUCCGGCAGGUUCACACCAUCCUGUCCUCCCUAAAGGCGGCUACAUGCGCUCUCCAUCGUGGACACGCGGCAGCAAAGUGGAGCCCCAGAGGGAGAGAAAGCAUCACAGCGACUCUGAUGCAAUAGAGCCAUUUCUGAAGAUGGAGAGGCCCAAGCAGCUGUGACGCAGCAGGGAAGAGAGGAGAGACAGGGGAGGGGGCCACAGACCCUCCUGGUGCUCAUCAGACUGGUCGGACAUGAACUCUGGAGGCGGCCCACUCCACUUAAAGACGUGCAAUACUUUUCUCUCUCUCUCUCAUUUUGAAACAAUCAGUUGGAAUGAAUGCAAAGAGCCCCUGGUGCACUUUGGGAUGUUUGGUCAGGAACAGGGUUAAAAUCCAUCACACGGCAUCUCAGGGUGAAGAGCCACAAAAGAGACUCGUGACCAAACCUUCUGAGAGUCUCAGCUGUGAGAUGCUCGGAUGGCAGAUGGAAAGAGAAGGGGUUUAGCUGUAUCUACGGUGGAAAUGGCAUGGAGACAGAGGUGUUGGAAGGAAGAUCACGGAACACAGUUCUGGUGAAUGAUUGGCAGUUAGUGCAGAUGGUUUAAAAAGAUAAAUAGAUAAAACAGAAAGUCUUAGUCCAGGACGCACGUUCCACUUCUUCUCAUUGAUAUAGGUGUCAGGCAAGUGACGUUUUGUUCCAUCCAGAAUCACUUUAGUUGCCUCAGUUUAUUGUUUUACCUGAAGACAACGACUGAUUUUUUGACCAGACGACAACAAGGCCGUGAAGCAGCUUAGUUUCACUCUUCAUAGUUUAUUUUUCUUCGUUUAUUCAAUGAGCCCACUCCAAGGCCGGAGGAUGAGGAAGGCUUUGUCUUCUUUGAAAAGGUGAGCCACGGCAGUGUAGCAACCAGGAAAUCAUUCAGGAGGUGAGAGAGGCGUCACAUAUCAAUAUUGUAAAAACCCAUCGAACAUUGAAAGGACUCAGGCUCGGUUUGACUUGACUCGGAAAAGGGAGCAGACAGGAUCUAUCAGCAGGCGAAGAAACUGUCCUGUUUCUAUUCGACGAUUCCUCAAGCCCAACAUGGAUGUGUACAUGGAUGGAUUAGAUUUUGUUUUGUUCUUGUUUUCAGGGGCAAAAACUAAAGGCAAAAGCCCUUAACCUCAUUCAAAACGCUAGAUUUAGAUAUUCAGAAAACGUGAAGAAGUAAAGGAGCACCACAGUUGGACGGUAAUGCCAAAAACACAACAAAGUGCCAACAGUUUUAUAGCAGAAGAUCUGACAUCAUUUCGCUUGUCGAUGCCGCGAGUGCCAAUAAUUCUGAAUGCUGUGAAAUUAGGGAUCAAAAUUUGCGCGGAAAUAAAUCGAA